AUGGCGGACAACGUGCUCUCACCAGAAGUGGCACUUGUGACCGAAGAAACCCCCUCCCAGAACUCAAAGAUGCCGCAAUCGGAAGAGCUUGCGAUUCAGACGUCUGCUCUCCAUCUUUGGCAAGGUGCACAAAAUGAUGCUGAGCAUGUCCAACCCAAAAUCAACGAGGCGCAAAACGGUCAACACGCAGAGCAGCAAGUACGGGUCCCUACAAAUCGAAAGCUAAAGUCGAGCGCCGAGCAGGAACGGAGAUUAGGAUUGAGACUGCCCAGCAUGGCCGACUUCCUGGCUGUUAUGACGAAAAAUCCUGAAUGGCGCGUCUACAAUCCAGAGUUUUGGAAGAUUCUGCCACCAUCUGAGGCUUUGGGUCCCGUCGCACUUGCUUUUAUGAGCCAAACAUGCUUGGUGCCAUGGCCUAAAGCCGCGGUCCAAGCAGAGCCAACGUUCACGCCAUUCCCAAGGUUGCCUGCGGAGCUGCGACUGAAGAUUUGGGAAUGUGCCUUGCCGGAUGCCAGAGUGGUUCCAUUCAGAAGACGUUCUCACAAAGUAGGCAUUGAACGACCUCUUUACACCUUGGACUCGAAUGAGCGUCGUCUCACUGGUGCUCACUUGGCUUGUUGGGAAUCAUGGACCGUCUUCCUAGAACACUACCAAAAGAUAAAGCUAUGGAAAGGUGACUUCAGAGUUUCAGACGGUAAAUACAACUUCGCACAAGGCUAUUUCGACAUGAAGCGCGAUACACUCUUCAUCACCCACGCGCUCCUGCACUCUCUGCGCUCGAUUUUGGACCUGCGAUUGCUGCAACACAUCGCUGUUGGAGUUUACAAACGAGUAGGCUCCGAUGGUAUGCCUUUAUGGUAUCUUGCUACGUGCAUGUGUCCGGAAUUGGUUUCUUAUACCUAUGUCCCCACAGGGCGCACGAGAGUCCAAUCUUCGAAAGCUUCCCUACGGGAAUAUCGCCUCAUCGAAGCCGACGAUCUAAAAUAUACAUUGUGUGACAAAACUACGGACUUCCAUGACCUAUCAAAGUUUCAAUCCACCGAUGACAACGAGGGAUUUUUGAAUCAAUAUCUGAGAAUUGUACCCUUCAUUCAACAACAGAUUGAUGAAACUAUUGAACAAUUUCGCAAAAGUCCAGAUUUUCGAAUUCCCGCAUUUAAGAUUUGCGUCCUGAUGCUCCAGGAACCAGCGAAUCACGGACGAUGGCUUGUCCAAAAGCUGGAUGUAGCUCCUGUGGACAAACGCGAACACCCUCUUGGUGUGACAUUUCAUACAUAUAAGCCGAUCGUUCGAGACGUUUAUAGUAUGCUUUGCCUGAAGGACGCUGUAGCAUCCUAUCGGGUGUUUUACAUGAAGCCAGAUGGUGCUCUCGUCAGCUGUUACGACGAUGUCAGAGAGAUCUUUGACGAAGACAAGCUGGUAGACACAAAGAAGGAAUCGGAAGGUGUUCUUCAACUCAUACGGUUGAAAGAUUACUGA